CGCAGGCCUGGCGGCGGCGGGACGAGCUGGGGUCUCAGAAUGGAACAUAGUACUGCGUCUGUCCCGGCUGCCUUGCCAUAUUAUGUGGCCUUCUCCCAGCUGCUGGGCCUCACCGUGGUGGCUGUGACUGGUGUGUGGCUGGGUCUGUACCGAGGUGGCAUUGCUUGGGAAAGCUCCCUGCAGUUUAAUGUGCACCCGCUCUGCAUGGUCAUAGGUAUGAUCUUCCUGCAAGGAGACGCUCUGCUGGUGUACCGUGUCUUCAGAAAAGAAGCUAAACGCACGACUAAGAUCUUGCAUGGGCUGCUGCAUGUCUUUGCCUUCAUCAUCGCCCUGGUGGGCUUGGUUGCUGUGUUCGACUACCAUAAGAAGAAGGGCUAUGCCGACCUGUACAGCUUGCACAGCUGGUGUGGGAUCUUAGUCUUUGUUCUUUACUUUGUGCAGUGGCUCGUGGGUUUCAGCUUCUUCCUGUUCCCUGGAGCCUCAUUCUCUCUGCGGAGCCGCUACCGUCCUCAGCACAUUUUCUUCGGCGCCACCAUCUUCCUCCUCUCUGUGGGCACAGCCCUACUGGGCCUGAAGGAGGCCCUGCUGUUUAAACUUGGGACCAAGUACAGCACGUUUGAACCUGAGGGGGUCCUGGCCAACGUGCUAGGCUUGCUACUGGUCUGUUUUGGAGUGGUUGUACUGUACAUCUUGGCUCAAGCUGACUGGAAGCGGCCAUCCCAUGCUGAAGAACAAGCCCUCUCCAUGGACUUCAAGACACUGACAGAGGGAGACAGCCCCAGUCCCCAGUGAUUGCCUUCCUCAUCCUGUACAGGGGGCUGCACCAGGUGGUUCCCUUGGCUCUGUGGGUUUCCAGAUGUCUUUUGCUCUUCCCUGCAGACACUAAGUCUUUAGGCCCAGGGGUGUGGGGCAGUGUUAGUUUAGUGGGGUUCCAGGCUUGGGCAUUGUCCUGGCCUCCCUUCCUCCCUCCUUCUCUGUAGCUUUUGAUGCAUCCUGUGAACCACGAGUAGGCUCUGCCUGUACCCCCCUGUUGUCCACUCACAUCCGGAAAGCUUGGUUAGGGGAUCUGGGGUCAAGCCUGGCUCUGAGCCUUAUUGGAGCUAGAUAGUAGCUCCACCUCCAUGCAGCAGAUGGCUGGGGCUGGGCUUGAGGGACUGGCAUGGAGAAGUCAAGACUGCUGCUUUGUGUAUUCAACCCAGGAGUUUCAGAAGUUUGGGAAGCACGUGUCCUUGGCAGUAGAGCAAGUGAUAUUAUGUGUAAAGUAUGCUGGUGUUCAGAGUAAGGCUCCCCAGAAAGAUUGACUCUGGCUCCCGAAGGAGCCCGGGCGUUUGGA